GAAGUAAAGCGAUUGCUUUGGGGAUUGAAUUGUGGAAGAGCAGUUGAACCCAUUUCUCUCCCUGAUCCUGCCAAAGCUCUAUCUUCAAAGCAUGAUUUUGAUCUCCAAGCAUUCUGCUUUCAUGCUGACAAGGAAUUAUUAAGAGAACCUCGAAUAGUCAGGGUUGGUCUUAUUCAAAAUUCUAUUGCUCUUCCCACAACUGCACCCUUUUUGGACCAAAAGAGAGCCAUCUUUCAGAAAGUGAGGCCUAUUAUUGACGCUGCAGGUGCUGCAGGAGUGAAUGUUUUAUGCUUGCAAGAGGCAUGGAUUAUGCCUUAUGGCUUUUGCACUCUUGAGAAGAGGUGGUGUGAACUUGCAGAGCCUGUUGAUGGAGAAUCGACACAAUUUCUUCAGGAUCUUGCAAGGAAAUAUAACAUGGUCAUAGUAAGUCCAAUUCUUGAGAGGGAUUUGAAACAUGGAGAGACUCUUUGGAACACUGCUGUAAUAAUUGGAAAUCAUGGUAACAUAAUUGGCAAGCAUCGGAAGAACCAUAUACCCCUAAUCGGGGAGAGCACAUAUUAUACAGAAGGGAACACUGGGCAUCCUGUGUUUGAGACAGCUUAUGGAAAGAUUGCGGUUAACAUUUGUUAUGGGAAGCACCAUCCUUUGAAUUGGUUGGCUUUUGGCUUAAAUGGUGCCGAGCUUGUUUUCAAUCCAUCUGCUACUAUUCGUCAAUUCAGUGAACAAAUGUGGCCUGUUGAGGCGCGUAAUGCUGCAAUAGCAAACAGUUACUUUGUUGGGUCAAUCAAUCGCGUUGGAAAUGAGGUCUUCCCCAAUCCGUUCACUUCGGGUGAUGGAAAGCCUCAACAUACAGAUUUUGGGCAUUUCUAUGGAUCAAGUCAUUUUUCAGCACCAGAUGGUUCAUGUACACCGUCUCUAUCCCGAUACAGGGAUGGGUUGAUUAUAUCAGACAUGGAUCUCAACCUUUGUAGGCAGCUGAAAGAUAAAUGGGGGUUUCGAAUGACUUCCCGGUAUGAGUUGUAUGCUGAGUUGCUUGGCCGGUUUGUUAAGCCAGACUUUGAGCCCCAAGUCAUUUCUGAUCCUUUGUUACACAAGUAACUAUUCUUAAGUUCUCAAGUUAAAAACUAUUUUGAAUUUGAAAAAUGAUUAUCUCCAAUUAUCAGGGUAAAAUAAGGUUGGCAUUUUGCCUAAUGAUUGUAUAACACUUUUUGUGGUGUGUGGUGUGAGAUUAUAGAUUCUGCCUUCUAAUGGAAUUUGAUACUUUUUUGGUGGUGUGUUUA